AUGGAAUUGCAAGCAAAGAUAAAUGGGUCUUUUGGAAUUCUAUUUUUUACUAUUUUAGGAUUUAUAGUCUCAUUAAAUUCAUGAGUAUUCAAGAUAUGCUUGACGAAUUUAUUAUCAAUUACCUUUAUUAGUAUCUUUUUGAUCAUAUACAAGCCAAGUGCUUUGACUUAUUCUAAAUAUGAAGGAUUGCGAUAUCUAUUAUUUUUGGCUUUAUAUAUCAAUAUUAUUGUUUAAAUCUUAUUUAUUUUAAGCAGGCUAGCCAUAUUGGCUAAUUCAUCCAAAAAUGCAUACUUUAUGUGAAUAUUUUAUCAAUUAGCUUGAGUUAUUUCUUUAUUUUUGAAAUAGAAAAUAAAGACAUCAGCGAAAGAAAAGGUGAGAAGUAAAUAGAAAUUCUUGAAAUUGAGCUUCAAAUUACUACAUGAAUUAUCGUAGCUAUAUUAGGCAUUCACAGCAUAUUUAUUCAUUUCUAUCUAAGCCAACUUUCCCAAAAGAAAAGCAUUUACACCUUCGUUUCACCUGAUGGAUUUUUGCUUAAAGAACUGGAAUUUAUUUUGAAAACAAAUUCAAUUUUGAUGACUAUUUUGCUUCAUCUAAAUUUAACAACUUAUAACCCAUUAUUCAGUUUUAUCUCAUCGCUCCCAAUCUUUUUAUACCCAGCUCCAGCAAUUGAGAAUUUUUAUAUUUUUUCUAUUUUUGAUGAAAAUUCAGAUUUAUAUUGAAAAACAAUUUUUGCUUCACAAAGCUAUUACACAUUUAGAUCUAUAAUUAUUUUACCAAUUCUUGUAAAUUAUAUAUAGUCUCCAAUGUGCUGAAGUCUUCAUUCUUUUCUAUCUUACUUUUACUCUAAACGUACAGCUUGAAAUAUAAUAUUUUUAUAUUUCAAUUUUCAAGAAAAUUAUGAUUAUUCCUUAUCGACUUUUUUAUAUGAAUUUCUAUUUUAUUUAAUUUUGCAUGCUGCAAUAUGGUCUGUAUUAAACAAAUAUGAAUUUUUGCAAUACAAUCUAAUACCAUUUUCGCUUAUUACUGCUUUAUUUUGCUCUACAUGGCCUCUAAGAGUAUUUGGGCUUUCUAUUUCUAUACGGCUUAUCUAUUUAGCUAACGUUAUUACUUAG